AUGAAGGUCCUCGACAACACCAUGGUGAACGUGGAGCUCUUCCCAGGCAAAUCCGCCGAACAAGUCCAAGGCGAAGCUCAAGGACAAGUCAAAGACGCCGCCGGCAAAGCCCAAGGAGCAGCAAAAGACACCGCGGGCUCCGCCCAGAAGCAGAGCGAAGGCACUGCGCAAGAAGCUCAGAAGCAAGCCGGCAGCUAUACCGACGCGGCCAAAGAACAAGCUUCUGGCUUACAGCAACAAGCUGGUGACUACCAGAAGCAAGGUUCGGAGUACAUGAAGGGCAUGGGAGAUACGACUCAUGAGCAGGGUAAAGCGUAUGUAGAUUCUGGGAGCAAGGCUGCGAACGAUGCCUCGAAGCAGUAUCUGCCUGAGAGCGCACACGGCGUUGCUGGACAAGCAAUAAACUAUGCCAGUGGCGCAGCUACAGAUACUGUUGGCACACUUGGCGGAGCCGUGAAGGAUGCCGGUGACACUGUCGGAAAUGCUGGCUACAGCACAGUCGCAGGUCUAGGCAAGACGGGCUACAACCUCGCGAGCGGCCUCGGUGGCGCCGCAACUGGAGGAGCCCAGAAGACCGAGAAGGCUGCCACAGAAGGCGGUGAGAAAGCGAAGGAAGCAGCGUCGGAGGGUGGCGAGGAGGCGAAGAAGACGGCCGAGAGCUCGUCAUAA